UGAACGGUUGAAUCCACGUUAUUUCAAAAUGUAAAACAAAAUUGCGAAAAACCCAAAGACCAAAGGGCAAAUGCAAAAUAGCUAUUGAUUAACCCUGCUUCUUAAAUGGCUAUCGUUGAACAUCGUGCAGUUUUUCUCUUAAAUUUACGAUAUAUUCAAUCCCAGCAUUGAAACGGCUUGCAAUGUAAAUAUAAGUGUUUUUGUCGAUUUCGUCGGUAUGAAACCAUCCUCAUCUGUUUCUGCGUCUUUUAGAUUGCAAAGGAUGAUAAGAAGUUACAACCGCUGUUGUAAGAAAUCCAUCAACAAACAGGAAACCCUCUCAGCAGAGUCUCAGAGUGAAAUGUAUCACCAUAAAAGUAACCAUUUCGUUUGCAAUGGCAACCUUGGACUAGUGUAGUGGUUCAUCCAAACAUGGCGGCCCCCUAAAAAAUCCAAGUCCGUGUGGUAAACAUUUGAUGCUGGUAUGAUUAAAGGGCUAUCAAAUCAUUAAUCGAAACCGAUCCUGAGCAUGUACGCCACCAGUCAACUAUUGGAAUACUGGCAACCACGCAUGCACAAAAUUCCACGUGAAAAUGGCCGUCGCUUAAUCUAUUUAUUUACUUCAGCUGUGUGUUUAUUUGGAAUUUACUUACCCAAACCCAAGGUCCAGCUGUUUAGGAAGCCGAGGAGACAUGUCAAUAAGUUCUUCAGAAUGCUAAAUAGUUGAGAGACUACGCGCGCAACCCCGUGGGUUGCGAUGGGUUUCCCAUCUAUUUUAUUUCAACCGAAGUACGUGUGGGUUGUUGGUAUACUCGGACCCAGGCGAAAGUAGCAGCGAUGAAAACAUGGCUGCCGAAAAUCCCAAGGCUUUUCUUUCGUCGCAUAGUGGCGGUAUGUGUAGUUCCUGGUCUCACAUGGUAACACAGAAGCAGUGACUAAGUCGAGCUAGUGGCGGACAGUUUGCUCUUAUAUCCUUUCCCAAGUAAGUGUACGACUUCCAAAAUUGUACUUGUAUUCGAGUUUUCAUUUCAAAAAUUGUGCUCCUGUGCUUGAAUUUGAUUUGUUGGAGAGGCGAUCUCCUUGGCCGAAAUAGAUGCCCUUCAGCGAUGAAGAAUCCUCUGAAAUGCUAUCUCCGUCCUCGCAAACCCAGUUUGAUCACUCAGAGACGAUUGAUGUAGAGCAUAUGGAUGAGGACGAGUUGAAAAGUAGUCCAAAUUCAUUCGGCGCAGGAAAAGGAGCAUCCUGUCGCAAUCCCACUUGUGCCCUGUGCAAGAACCACGGCAUCAAUAGCCCGCUGAAAGGACACAAACGUUACUGUCCGUUUGGGCGUUGCAGCUGUGACUUGUGUAGGGUGACACGCAAGAAACAGAAAAUUAACGCAUCUCAGGUAGCCACCAGACGGGCCCAGCAACAAGACAGGGAACUUGGAAUUGAUAGGCCCACGAUGCAGACUAAUACUCCUUCCGGUUCGUCAACGCCGAGGACUUUCGGUUCGUCUGCUUCGCCAUCCGAUUUGGGAAGAAACUCGACUAGAUCAGCUUUAGACGUGGAGCGCCCAUUAAUAGAGCCUAACCCGACUCAAUACAUACCAUCUCAUUACACUCCCGGCAGUGGGCCCGAAGAAUUCGGGAAAAACAUGGCUCUAGAAUGUUUUCUAUUAGGAAGGAGAGCCUCCCUGCUAGUAAAUUCCCUUCGUGACUCGAGACUUACCAUGGAGCAUUUGGCUUAUCUCGAUAAUGACGUUUGUACCGCGAUUUGUAUCAUUCGAGACGAAGUCUCAACUCAGUUGAAUGAUAUCUAUCAAUAUCUUAUCGAUAGAUUGCAACGAGAGCAGAUAAGUAAUGUGACCGCUAAAUCCAAUGCUGCUGCCACUGUUCCGUCGUACAUUGCCAACCAGUUUGCAAUCCUUUCGGAACAAUCCAGUAGAGUGGCAUCGGAGGAGGCUUUUAGUGUCUCUCAACUAUACGGUCACUCGAGUCGAGACACCGUCAUUUGUCCCCCUCGUCACCUUUCGCUUCCUGUUUAUCCGUAUGUUAACCAGUAAUUGGGCCCAUGAUUUAAUAGAAAAUUAGUAAAAUAAAUCAACAAAAUCCGUUUACCUGUCAAUUUUUAAAAAAUUAACUCCACUGGAUUUGCCAUUGGAUUACCCCUCUUUUUUUUCUUCUCUGAUUUCGUUUUUUGGAGUUAUCUGUGAUGACUGUAAUAAAAAUUCUUUGUGCGCCCCCCCCCCAUUCUCUAAUCUGGAAAUCGACUAAAAAUAAAAUCGAAUAUAUUGAAUCAAUACACU